AACAAUCACAAAAAAGUUCUGCGAAAUCCUGUAUGGACUGAUAAUUCACCCGAGUACUAACUCCCCAAAACCUGCUCUGACUUUACCACACUGAGCUGAGCAACAUCACUGGUGUGACUUCUCUUUGAAUAUUUAUCCUUUUCUCCAAAAGCUUAAGUUAAAUGAAUAAGAUAAAAUAUUUCUAAUAUGAAUUAUUUUAGGGAGAAAAGUUUAGAAAACAGGGUAGAAAGAAGACAUGAUGCAUAAAGUUCAAGUGUAAUAGACAAGCACAGUUUAAUGUGUUUACAAAAAAGUGAGUGUUAUUUGUUUAUUUUAUAACGAUUGGUCUCAUCAUCACAGGCUUAGUUAGAAACUGGACAUAAAUGUAAUUAAUAUCUGUAUUUUUGCUCAUGCUGAAUUGCAAACUUUGGGUUGUUCUGCUGUACUAUGAUUUGUUAUUUUCUCGUUUCACAGUGGAGUCCACUGGUUUCAAUCCCCAGUCCAGGAGAACCCCAUGUCCUAAUAACCCACUGGGUCAGGCUAACAAUGAUGCAUGCUUCAUUUGUAAUGAAGAAGGAGUUCUGGUGCACUGUAAAGAAUGUCCACGAGCUUUUCACCGUCGCUGCCACCUACCAAUACCACAGGAUGAAACAUCUAGGGACAACUGGAAGUGCACAUUCUGUGUGUUAAAGGCUAACCAGCAACUGCAGAUGCAAAUGAGAAGGAAAGAAAUUUUAAACAGUCCUGUUUCUGAAAACAAGCUGGAUGCGGAAUGGGGCAGUGUGAUAUCAGAGCCCAUGUGGCUGGACAAAGUGAGGACCAAGCUGCUGGAUCAUGAGUACAGAACAGUCGGAGAGUUUGUGUGUGACAUCAAUCUCAUCUUUAAAAACUGCCAAGCUUUGAACAAAGGCAAUGAAUUUGGUGAAAUGGGAGACAAGCUGAACAAGACCUUUGAGAAGGAGUUCCAGAGCAUCUUUAAGCUUUAAUAACAUUUUUCCUCAUUUACAAACUUUGGAAAGUUUAUAUUUAGUAACCAAAAUUUAAUGGUAAUAUUUUAAUACAAGUAUAGAGCAAUACAUUGAAACCAGUCAGGUAACAUAAUCAGGAUGAACCAAGGGACAAGUUAGGACUUAAAAACAACCCAAAUUUGGUUAUUUUUAACCCAACAACUGGGUAAAUAUAGGACAGAACACAUUUUGGGUUAGAAAUUUGGUAGGCUGUUCAUUUUAAUCCACCAAAUGGGGUUUUUUUUUUUUGUUUUUUUUUUUACAAAAAUGCUGGGUUAAUUUUAUUUCAUAUUUUCAGGGUUAUUUUUACCGUUUGAAAAUGUCAAAUAUAUCACAUUAUUAAAAAAAAAGUCAUCAUGGUAUCUCCUUUAUUUAUACACAAGAAGGUGUUCAGAAAUGUAUCGCUAGAGCUGCUAAAGACUUGUAUAAUGUCGGCUUGAUGUUGGACGUUCAAUAUUGGAAGAUAUGCGGAAAUUAAGGGACCGUCUCUAAAGUGACAUACGACAUUUGUAUACACGUUUCUAACUUCAAUAGCAUUUGAAGGGAAUGACUUACAGUCACACAUCCAAAUGUAAAGUGUUCAUCUAGGAGUCAGGUAUGACGCAUACUUUUUAGAUUUUUUUUAUAUUUAACAAAAGAAACUACUAAAUCAUUAUGUAAAUUUUAUUUGAAUUUCACUCCCAAAUGGGCUCAUACAAAUAUACCAUAAUAUAAAGCUCAAUAGCAUUUGAAGGGAAUGACGUACAGUAACAAAACCAACUGUAAUGUGUUUAUCUAGGUGUCAGCUAUAAUGAACACCUUUUAAAUUUCUGUUAUUUAACCCUACUAUGUAUGAACCAAAAAACCUACACAAACUGACAUUUUUGGUAACUGAGCACAAUUUUUUGAAAACUGUGCAUAGGGAACUGUGUACAGUUUGAUUUAUUUAUGUACGUAUGUAAAUGUAGAAUGCCAGUAUGUUUUAGAAGAUAUUGGGCUGUAUUCUGUUAGUAACUUCCUAAUAAAGUAAUUAUUCCAUAUUCUAUCAGUAAUACAGUAAUACUAACUAAUCCUUUAAUUGCAACAUUAGGUCCAAGACUCACAGUCUCCUCAUUCACAUUUCCUUUAAACAGACACUUUAAACCAGACAUUAUAGCAUCACACACUAUACAAUAUUCUUUAGGAAUUAUUGGGAUAUUAUACCUUUGAAGAAAUUCUACAUAGGUAUAGAGGUGUCCAUUUUCAUUACAUAACUGUUU